UGUAUAUCACAACAGACUUACUUGCCACUCCGUUAAAGGUUUUAGAAACGUGCGCAGUGCAUUACAUUAGCAUAUUUAUGUGGGAUCUGGUUCCGGUAAUUUAAAACUUGGAAGAAAACCCAAAACAAAAACAAAAUCGCGUCAUUCAGUUAAGGUAAGGCAGAACAUCGACCAGACAUUGAGUGUAAAAUUGUUCAGAAUAACACCAACUCACGUGUAAAAAUUUCUUAUAACUUUGAAAUGAUAACUGGAUAAAGUCAUAUACUGUUAAAGUGAUAAAAUGGAGGUACGAGUUGAAGACGAUCAAGAAGACAGAGAAGGAAGACAAAACCAAAACCAGGACCUCGUGGGUCAAGAGAAUCAGAUAAUUUACAGCGUAGAGGAGGCCCCACCUCCACAUCUUACCUUGGUGUUUGCAUUACAGCAAGCUAUCUUGGCCAUAGGAAGCACUUUAUCCAUCCCCUUCAUUCUAACCAAUCUACUGUGUUCCAGUACAAACGCUGACGCACGUGCCCAACUUCUCAGUAUUUCCAUGUUUAUGUGUGGCAUAGCAACAGUUCUUCAGACUACACUGGGUGUCAGACUUGGGAUUAUACAAGGCGGAUCCCAUAAUUUUCUAGCCCCAAUUAUAGCUAUGAUGACUCUCGAAAAAUGGAAGUGCACAGAAGAAGAAUUAAAUGUUAAUGGAAUACGUAAUAAUUCCACAAUUAUCAACGAAGAUGAGAUUUGGCAGAAAAGAAUGCGUGAGAUCCAGGGAAAUUUGAUGUUGGCCUCUAUUGUCCAGCUGGUUCUGGGAUGUACUGGUCUCAUGGGGUUCUUCCUGAGGUUUAUCGGUCCCCUCACUAUUGCUCCAACUAUAUCUUUGAUUGGACUCUCCUUGACCGCAGUAGCAGCAGAUAUAAACCAGUACCAUUGGGGAAUCGCCAUACUAACGUUGCUGCUGAUUGGAAUAUUCAGUUUAUAUAUGGGUCGCCUAAAGGUUCCAGUGCCAAGUUUUUCAAAAGCAAACAAGUGCCACAUUACAAGAUUCCCGAUCUUCCAGCUUAUGCCGGUGAUCCUUAGUGUCGUCAUUUGUUGGCUGAUUAGUUACAUUCUCACCGUCACUGACGUCAUCCCCCAAACUAUUAUCAUCAGCAACAAAACAAUGCCUAAUCUGGCACGAACGGACGCCAGACUUAAUGUGCUGAACUCCAUGCCGUGGUUUUAUUUCCCAUAUCCAUUCCAGUUCGGAAUGCCUACUGUGUCGGCUGCUGGAUUUGCCGGAAUGUUGGCCGCCACCAUAUCAUCAGUUAUCGAGUCUGUAGGAGAUUACUUUGCUGCUGCACGACUGUCUAAUGCUGAAGCACCACCACCACAUGCAGUCAACCGUGGAAUCGCCAUCGAAGGCUUUUCCAGCAUCAUAUCAGGAAUGGUUGGUGCAGGUCAUCCUACUACCUCAUACAGCGGAAAUAUCGGUGCUAUAGGAAUUACAAAAGUUGCAAGCAGGCGGGUCUUUCAAGUGGCUGGAGUUAUCCUUCUCCUCAGUGGGAUUAUUGGUAAAUUUGGUGCGGUCCUUACGCUGAUUCCGGACCCCAUUAUCGGUGGGACGUUGACAGUGGUAUUUGGGAUGGUGGGAGCAGUCGGAAUUUCUGUGCUUCAGUUCAUGGAUAUGUCAUCAACGAGAAACCUGACGAUUCUAGCGUUGUCAAUGAUACUGGGUCUGAUGGUCCCUCAAUGGUUACUAAAUAAUCCAAACUCCAUAAAUACUGGAAGUGAAGACUUGGACCAGGUGUUGGAGGUGCUGCUAACAACUGCAAUGUUUGUGGGAGGAUUGAUUGGUUUUAUCCUCGACAACACUGUACCAGGUUCAAAAGAAGAACGUGGCCUAUCAAAAUGGCGAGAGACCUUAGACUCCUCCGCUCUCAGAAGAAAAACAGUUCAAUACAAUCUACCUCUCGUAACAACAUUUAUCCAACGGAUGAAAUGCUGUGCAUAUUUCCCAAUAUCCCCGACGUUUAACAAAAGCUAUAAAAACUGUUGUACGAAAAGUAAAAAGCAAAAAACUUAUGAAUUGAGUGACGUCAAAACUCGGCAGGAAAAUGGCAGUUCGGAGAUGGAAGGAAAAUAGUAAUAAUUUGGUAAAACAGUUCAUGAAAAAUAGAAAAGGGGGUGUAUGUUUACCCUGGGUUAUACAAAGCAUCUUGAUAGAAAUACAAAAAAAAUUAAAUUUAAUAUGCACGAACUGUAAAAUACAACUACACAAUUAGCAUACAAGUGAUAACAAUCGUCACCAAAAAUAAAAUUGCCAUUUUUUAACAUAAAUAGUUUCCUCUAGCCUCUUCACACCAGCAAUAUUGAACGCGCUCCGUGAUAUAAUAUAUGAACGCGCUCCGUGAUAUAAUAUAUGAACGCGCUCCGUGAUAUAAUAUAUGAACGUGCUCCGUGAUAUAAUAUAUGAACGCGCUCCGUGAUAUGAUAUAUGCUGGUAUGAAGAGAAUCGAGGUUUAUCAUGAAAGGUGAAGAUAAAGAACAGUGAUCAAUCUCAUAACUCCUAUAAGCAAUACAAAAUAGAGAGUGUCACACCCUAAAUCGUCGCCCCAUCCCAAAUCUUCGCCCGGCAUCCCAAAUCGUCUAACUAUCGUUAGGAGCGACGAUUUGGGGAUGUACUAUAGUACACCCCAAAUCGUCGCCCGUCAAUAUUUUAUUGACGUUUUUAGGAUUGAUUACACAGAAGUUAUUUUAUUGCACCCCCUCUUAUAUGGGGGAAAGGGCUACAUAGGUUUCACUUGGCCUGUUUGUCUGUCUGUCCGCACUUAUAUCUGGUGUUUGUCGACCUAUUCAAGCUAUUGGGCUGACAUUUUGUAUGUAGAUUACUAGUGACCCUCUGACAGCUGUCCCCAAAACUGAGAAUUCUCAGUGGAAUGAGAGCUUAAAGCGCCGCAAACUGUGCACACUUUUCAGCAACUCUGCAAUAUCUCUGGUGUUUGUGAACCGAUAUGUGGGACGACAGUUUGGGAUGUGAGGUUAUGCCCAAAUCGUUGCCGGCGGCGAUUUAGGACAGGCGACAAUUUGGGGUGUUAAAUAAGAAACUCCAAAUUGUCGCCCAUCUCGAAUCGUCGCCGGCGAUUUGGGGUGUAACAAAGAGUUGGGCAAACACGUACCCCUGGAUAUACCAGAGGUGGGAUCAGGUGCCUAGGAGUAAGCACCCCCUGUCGACUGGUCACACCCGCCGUUAACCCUAUAUCUUGAUCAGGUAAACGGAGUUACCCGUAGUCAAAAUCGGUGUACUCAUGUACUGACAAAAACUGAAAGAAAAACCAUUUCUUAUAUUUACAUUUUCAUCAUUUAAAUUGCAUUUUAAUAAUAAACCUGUGUUGUACUCUCAAAGUUCAGUAGGUCAAAUUUAUUCGUACGCGGCUGUAAGCUUACAUGUAGAUUAGGUCAAGUGUAUUCGUACAUGCGCGGUGAUGGACAUAUUUCAAAAGUUGAAAGUUAAUGAGAUAUUAUCCUUCAGUUUCAGUUAAUGAGAAUAUUAAGUGAAAACGAAGUGGAUGUAAAUAGAUGAUUAUAGAUAAUUAAUCAAAAUAAAGGAUGUACUCCAUGAAAUUAAUUGCAGAAUAGAGAAACAAAACACACACACACAGCCUAUACAUCAUUAAGAUAUGAAUUCCUUUUCUUAUUGUUUCUAAUAAACGUUUUUACUCUUGUUUGACGCCCUGGUAAUUACGAAGCAUUACAUGUACGACCUGUCUUAUUCCUAUGUGUUAUAGGUGGCAGGGGACAGUUUCUUUGGUUUUGAAACAUGUGGAUAGGGGGUAUACACCAAAGUCAGAUUAUGACAGACUAAUGAAAAAUCAUAUUUCGCUUUUAUGUCAAUACUUGUAUUUCAUAUUAGUGUAGCUAAUAAAUUAUGACCCUAAAUUACAUGCAAUCUAUAAAUACUGGUGCUGGUGCACAAAACAUGCUCUGAGCAGGUUCCCCGUUUUUGCUUUGAUUUUCUCUCAUUUGGGCUAAUCCGCGCCACCCCCACACCAUCACAGUACCAAACAUGGGGAUUUAGACACUGUGCACAAUCAAGAACCCUAUCUGCCCUUCUCAAAAAUCUACCUCUCUUAUGGGGCCAUCCACCUUCCCUCACAGCUGGACCCUGCAUGUUUUCACCGGAAUUUCUUCAGCAACUGACCACGUGUCUUAGUUUCGUAUUUGCACCCAUCUAUAUGCUAGGAAUCAUGGUGACACCUACAUGUUGUAUAUCAACAUUUUUAUUAAGCACUCAGCUACAUUUGACAUGCAUCCUAAAAUUAUUGUAUACAUUUUUACACAUGUAAUAUCACUUCAAAUAUGAUGUAUUUCCAUUUUUUGAAAAAGUUGACAAUGAGUAUAUAAAUUCUCUAUUCCUCCAACAGUCAAGAUUAUAGAGUCGGGUAUUAUUAGUCAUAAAAUGCUGAAAAGUAAAAUACAUUUCUGUUUUUAUUAAAUGUAUCUAAUCGUAUACUAGAAGACCUUUUCGUUGUUAUUGAGAAAGGUAAAAUUGCAGCAACUGUGUGUCACAUGAAUUACAUUUGGGUAAAGGAACAUUUUGCUGGCUUGAGUUGAUCACCCCCUCCUCCGUUUCAUAGCAGAUAAAUUAGCAUUGUUCUUCAAGGGUGGGGGGGGGGGGGGCGAAGAAGUUAACUUCACAUUUGUCUAAAAUAUUUGACAAGCAAAACAAGGCCUCCCCCGUCCCCUCAUUCCACGUACUUGCAUCCAAUAUCCGGAGCAAAACCAUAGGUCUUUGUUUGAAGUCUUCAUACAAAAGAGGAAAUGGAGGAUUGAACUGUAGAAAUUGUUUUGUGCAACAGAAAAUACAAACACGUUUUUCCGCAUCUGGAAAAAACAACCGUUCCUGUCUAGUUACAAGUUUCAACUUUUUGGUAUGACUGUUGGUGCAAAGCAUGGAGACACCCCAACCCCUCAUUGGUUAAGGUCAGAUACACACAUAUCAUGCCACCUUCUACGACAGAGAAAUUCAUUAAUGUAGUAUGUCUAUGAUGGAUUGGUUGAAUAUGGUUUAACGUCCCUCUCGUGAAUAUUACACUCGUAUGGAGAUGUCACCAUUGUUGGUGAAGGGCUACAAAAUUUAGGCCAAGAUGCUUGGUGCUUAUGGCCUUUAAGCAGGGAGGGAUCUUUAUCGUGCCACACCUGCUGUGACAUGGGACCUCAGUUUUUUGCGGUCUCAUCCGAAGGACCGUCCUGUUUAGUCACCUCUUACGACAAGCAAAGGGAUAUUGAGGACCUUUUCUAACCCGGAUCCCCACGAGAUCUUAUGUCUAUGAAAAUAUGUAAAUGCAAGCACGGUAUUAAAUUGUCAUCAUGAACUUGAUUAACUCUAGGCUUGCGAGUGGAUUUCAUUGUAUCCUUAAAGCAGCAACAAGGAAAGGGGCCGACUGGUAUAAGCAUUUUUAGGUCACCUUAACAAACUCAGUCAGGUGACCUAUUGCAAUUGGUAUGCGUCCGUCAAGAAUUGAACAUUUUUAUCUUCUUGAUUUCAAUUCUUUUCAAAUUUGGUGUGAAGCAUUUUUUGAUACAAAGAAGAUAUAAAGUGUAAAUUUCAGGAAUUCAUCAAACUUCAGUUAUAGCAAUACAAGUUAAAUGAAUUAGAAAUAAAAGAUCACAUAGAAUAACAUAGACAAUUCAUUAAAAUUUCAUUUGAGUGGCACGUUUGCUAUUGAUUAUUUUCUCAUACUUGUAGUACAAGUGUAGUUAAUACUUUGUUUCCAGAUUUUUAGGUAUUAUUUUAUACAUGUCUGCUGUGAGGUUCCAGACGAUAGACACAUGCCGCUAUCGGAGACUUGUAGAUUGUUGAUCGGUUCGUCAUUGUUUAUUCGGAAUGUCAAGCCUGAUCUGCAUCAGAGAAGUUGGUUACAUGUAUUGUUUGGUUAAUUUUGAAGUCAAUCACACUAUCCAUUCUAUUUUCAUGUAAAACUUAUACGGUACCAAUUUGGAUGCACCAGAUGCGCAUUUCGACAAAUAAUGUCUCUUCAGUGAUGCUUAACCGAAAUGUUUGAAAUAACUAUGAAGUUUAGAGCUAAUUAUAGCCAAAAACAGCGUGCCAAAAAAAGUGGAACCAAAUUCGUCCAAGGAUAAGAGCUAUGCAUGAGGGAGAUAAUCCUUAAUUUUGAAAUGAAUUUCUAAAUUUUAUAACAGCAAUUAAAUAUACAUCAGUAUUUUCAAGCUAGUAACGAAGUACUUAGCUACUGGGCUGUAGAGACCCUCGGGGACUAACAGUCCACCAGCAGAAGCCUCGACCCAGGGGUCAUAAUGUGUAAAUAAUUGACUGAUUUUGUCUCAGAUGUAUUCGGCGUUGACUUUUUUCAUAAUUCAUUCAAUAGGCAUUUAUUGGAGUUUGUAUGGUUCCAGCAGUCAAGAAACCACGCCAGGAAGUGUCAUGUUUUGUUAUCCAACUUUUCCAACGUUUUCUAACCUUUACGUCAUGUUUUAGUAUAAAUAGGGAUCUCGAGACGCUCGCUCUCUUCUGCUCAGGACUUGCUUCGAGGAGGCGUGCUUUGGGGGUAUAGGCUUAGGAGUGUUGAUGGGCUGGGGAAUUUCGUAUUUUGGCACAAGUAAUCAAUUUUUAAUUUUAAUUAUUAGCUGAGUUUAGAUCAUUUCUCGCAUGGCUUUGGAUUAGUUUGACGAAUUUAUUAGGAAUUUCCGGUCUAAAACGUUUGAUCCAUUACAGUUUAUUGUUUUAUCUUAGGAGUUGUUGAAAUUGAUUAAUUUAGAAUUGUGCCAUAUUCUGCUAUCAUUACCUUAGUUUUUAAGGAAGAUUUUAAUUUUUUGACGGAAUUCAAACUUCAAAGUUAUUCUAGAAUUUUUUGCUGAAAAUCUUCAGAACCAAUAGGAAUCCUUUAGAGGUAUAUCAAAUUUUUGCUGUCCACCAUAGGAGUUGUUCAAAGGGCUUUGACAAGUCUCACGGUCCACUUGAAUUGAGACUACUUUGUUGUUUAUAAUAUUACCUUUGAGAUUACACAUUUUGAAAUGGUCAAAGCUAGAAUUGAGUCUAAAUUUUGGUCAGGAAUCCUGAAAGUUUUAGAUAUUCCCAUGAAAAUUGCAGGAAAUUCAGAUAAUUUACAAGUUUGAGAAUGAUUAUCAAAAUGUGUCAAUUUGGUGAAAUCUUGGUUAAGUAACCAUUGCUUGAGAGUACGCAAGGGGGUUCGAAGGGGAUAGCAUAGAGAUAAAGGCUCUCCCCUCGUGCCUGCAGGGGACCUGGGUGACGGACGAGGGUGCAUGUCGCCCACCCCGCAGGAGAGGUAUGAAUUUAAGCUCUGUGCAUUCAGUUGUUCCCAUCAGGAUGCCUCUUAUUUAUCUAGCUUGUCACCAAGUUUUUUUUAUCAAUUAUCUCCAGGCAGGGUUACAUCUUUUCUUGCCCCCAUAAAACCUCACACAUUUCCCUCAGAGGCUCGAUAGUUUCCAUUGCCUGGUUUUCACUAUUUAAAGUGCCUCCAAUUCCAAGUAUGCAUGGUGAAAAAGAAAACAAAAUUGAAAAAGAAAAAAAAAACAAAUAUCAAAUUUGUUGUGGGGGACAUUGUUCCAAUGUCUGUGGCGGACUGGGGAGUGCGUUCGGGUAGUUGAUCAUUAAUUCUGCGCCAAAACCGGCUCUCCUCCCACCUGCUACUAAAGCAGGGGACAGGUGUUUCAAGUGUACCCUCCAGAUGACCACUAAAGUAGGUCAAGGGUCAGUGGAUAUUCAUAGAAAAUAGUAAUUUCCUGUAUAAGUUGCUAAAGUUUAAUUCGUGGGGCUCACAGCUAGUUCAUAGCUGGGACCACAUCCACCUCCUACUAAGGGAGGGGAUGCUACAGAUUGGUGCAUGUUGCGACAAUUGUAUGAGAGUCUACAGCUUGCUCCGCACUUACUAAUUAAACCAGGUACCACACAGGAGACAGGUGAGAUGCGCAGAGAUCUCUACCUCCCUUAGAACGUGGUCACCCGUUCAGGUUCGGGCACCUAUGUCCACAUAGGGCCCCCUGUGUUGCUCCUACUUUGGUAGUCAAACUGGCACACUGGCCGCCUCCCCAGUUCCCCACAAAAACUUUGCAUACGACCCUUUCCACCAUAUAUGUAAAUUUGCAUCCUAUUUCUGAUUACAAUUAAUAAAUAUUAAUCUUAUAUCACUCUUGUUAAUUCAGCUGAUAAGCAGCCUAUGAGUGAUUACAGGGCAACCAGCUGAGCUUCGACACACCUACUGGUCUAUUCAGAUAUUAGGUCAAGGUCAACCAAUCAAUUCAGGCAGUAGGUCAAAUGCCUUGCGGCUGGUAUGUAGUUUAAUAUUGUGGCUGAGAGAACGCUAUUGAGUAUUACUUUUAUAUAUUGCAUUUCUAGUCAAGAUGCGGGUAUGUCUCCCAGCCAAUUUUGUUCUGUAUUUUUAGGACUCACAUUUUUCGUCAUUUUUAAUAAAUCUUUUACACCUAA